ACCACUCCCUUGGUUUUAAAAUUCAAUCGCACACUGUUUUCUUAGAGACUAGCGACAGAGAGAGAGAUGCAAUCGCUGCAAGAGAAGGCAUCGAUAUGGAGCGGCGUGGAUCGAGCAGACGCGUUCGCCAUCGACGACUCCAAUCUGUUCGAAAAGCUCGGACUUCAGAGCUUCAUCAACCUAUCCACCAAUUUCUACACCAGGGUGUAUGAUGACGAAGAAGAAUGGUUUCGAUCCAUAUUUUCUGAUUCAAAGAAAGAAGAUGCCAUCCAGAACCAGUAUGAGUUCUUCGUCCAGCGUAUGGGAGGCCCUCCUUUGUAUUCUCAAAGGAAAGGUCAUCCUGCUUUGAUUGGACGUCACCGUCCAUUUCCAGUGACCCAUGAAGCUGCAGAGAGAUGGCUGCAGCACAUGCAAAAUGCUCUGGACGAUUCACUUGACAUUGACCAGGACUCAAAAAUUAAAAUGAUGAAUUUCUUCAGGCAUACCGCCUUCUUCCUUGUGGCUGGAAACGAGUUGAAGAAUCAGAACCAGAAUCAGAACAACCAGGUUGCGUGUAAACACGCUGCCAAUAAACCAGCGGAAGAAUAAUUAACGACAGAUUAUUGUUUUAUUUGACUUUCAAAGUACACAGAUUUUAGGAAGACUUGGUCUUGGCUCUCAUUACGUUUCUUAAGAUGGUCUAACAGAGAUUUUAGUAUUGAAAAUACUACAUUACAAGUUCUA